CCCAUCAUGCUGCAUGGCAAGGCCCUGUUGUGACCGGAAUGAGGUUGACUAAAAUGGCGGGGCGAUAGAAGCGCAGUGAGUGGUUACCGACGUCGAGAAACGUUACAGUGCCUCCCUUCCCCGCUGGACUCUGCGAGAGGAGGAAAGGCGAAAGGGCCGUCAAGGAAGCGCAAAACAUGGCUGGGGAAACCAUUGAAAAGAGAGAGAGAGAUUCUUCACCCAUCAAAGAAGAGCGGAGGCGCUCACGGUCAGCAGAAAGAGAACGUGACCGGGAGCGUGAUAGAAAAGUCUCCCCUGUUGCUAAGGACAGAAAACGACACCGCUCUCGUGACAGGAGGAGAGGUAGUCGAUCAAGAUCCCGAUCUAGAUCCAAAUCAACUGAGAGAGAGCGGCGAUAUAAAGAGAGGGAAAGAGACAAAGAACGAGAACGCAGUAAGAAAGAUCGGGAUCGUGACAAAGAUGGGCAUCGAAGAGACAAAGACCGCAAACGAUCCAGGAGCAUUUCCCCAAGUCGGAACAAAGAUUCCAAAUCAAGGAAAGACAGAGACUCUCGCAAAGAUGAAGAUGAUGAUUCAUUGUCCAAGAAAGAAAAGGCUCAGCCGCUUUCUCUGGAGGAGCUGCUGGCCAAGAAGAAAGCUGAAGAAGAGGCUGAAGCUAAGCCCAAGUUCCUUUCCAAGGCAGAACGAGAGGCAGAGGCCUUAAAGCGUCGGCAGCAGGAGGUGGAGGAACGACAGCGGUUGCUGGAAGACGAGAGAAAAAAGAGAAAGCAAUUCCAAGAAAUGGGAAGAAAGAUGCUAGAAGACCCUCAGGAGAGGGAGCGGCGUGAGCGAAGAGAGCGCAUGGAACGAGAGACCAAUGGCAAUGAAGAUGAGGAAGGGCGGCAGAAAAUCCGUGAGGAGAAAGACAAGACCAAGGAGCUGCACGCCAUCAAAGAACGAUAUUUGGGUGGGAUCAAGAAACGGAGGCGUACUCGGCAUCUGAACGACCGCAAAUUCGUCUUUGAGUGGGAUGCUUCGGAAGAUACGUCUAUUGACUACAAUCCUUUGUAUAAGGAGCGACACCAGGUUCAAUUGCUGGGGCGUGGUUUCAUUGCUGGCAUUGACUUGAAACAGCAGAAGCGGGAACAAUCACGUUUCUAUGGAGACCUGAUGGAGAAGCGGCGAACACUGGAAGAGAAGGAGCAAGAAGAGGCGCGUUUGCGCAAGUUGCGUAAAAAGGAGGCUAAGCAGCGGUGGGAUGACAGGCACUGGUCUCAAAAGAAACUUGAUGAAAUGACAGACAGGGACUGGCGUAUCUUCCGGGAGGAUUACAGCAUCACCACCAAGGGGGGCAAGAUUCCAAACCCCAUUCGCUCCUGGAAAGACUCCUCAUUGCCCCCUCACAUCUUGGAGGUUAUUGACAAAUGUGGCUAUAAGGAACCUACUCCUAUCCAGCGUCAAGCCAUCCCUAUUGGUUUGCAGAAUCGUGAUAUCAUUGGUGUAGCAGAGACUGGUAGUGGAAAAACAGCUGCCUUCCUUAUUCCACUUCUGGUGUGGAUCACCACUCUGCCCAAGAUUGAUAGGAUUGAGGAAUCAGAUCAAGGUCCCUAUGCCAUCAUCUUAGCUCCCACUCGUGAGUUGGCUCAGCAAAUUGAGGAAGAAACCAUUAAGUUUGGAAAGCCCCUGGGCAUUCGCACCGUGGCUGUCAUUGGUGGGAUCUCACGUGAGGACCAAGGCUUCCGCCUCCGCAUGGGUUGCGAGAUUGUGAUUGCUACACCUGGCCGACUGAUUGACGUGUUGGAGAACCGCUACCUGGUGCUGAGCCGUUGUACCUACGUGGUAUUGGAUGAGGCUGACCGUAUGAUUGACAUGGGUUUCGAACCUGACGUGCAAAAGAUUCUGGAGCACAUGCCUGUUACUAACCAGAAACCAGAUACUGAUGAGGCUGAGGACCCAGAGAAGAUGCUGGCCAACUUUGAGUCGGGCAAGCAUAAAUACCGGCAGACUGUGAUGUUCACAGCAACCAUGCCGCCUGCUGUGGAACGUCUGGCCCGCAGUUACUUGCGCCGGCCAGCUGUGGUUUAUAUUGGCUCAGCUGGCAAACCACAUGAGCGUGUGGAGCAAAAGGUCUUCCUCAUGUCGGAAUCAGAGAAGAGAAAGAAACUCUUGGCUAUUUUGGAGCAAGGUUUUGAUCCGCCUAUCAUCAUCUUUGUCAAUCAGAAGAAGGGCUGUGAUGUAUUGGCCAAAUCCUUGGAGAAAAUGGGGUAUAAUGCUUGCACCCUUCAUGGUGGUAAAGGUCAGGAGCAGCGUGAAUUUGCCCUCUCCAAUUUGAAGGCUGGUGCCAAGGACAUUUUGGUGGCCACAGAUGUAGCUGGUCGUGGUAUUGACAUUCAGGAUGUGUCCAUGGUGGUGAAUUAUGAUAUGGCUAAAAACAUAGAAGAUUACAUCCACCGUAUUGGUCGAACGGGACGAGCUGGCAAAAGUGGUGUAGCUAUUUCUUUUGUCACCAAAGAGGACUCUGCUGUCUUCUAUGACCUUAAACAAGCUAUCCUUGAGAGUCCAGUAUCUUCAUGCCCCCCAGAACUGGCCAACCAUCCAGAUGCCCAACACAAACCAGGAACCAUCCUCACUAAGAAGCGUCGGGAGGAGACUAUCUUUGCCUGAGUGUGUAGUUAAGCUACAAGGACCCCCCCCCCCCCUUGUAUGAUAACCAGGGGCAGCCUUUGACCACCAUUUGAGGCCAAGGCCGUGACACAGGGUAAAGCAUAGAGGCUCUUCUAGUCUUUAACAAUGAAGUGGCUGUUUCAUUUUCUCAUUUUCUGUGAAUGUAGAUACACUUUUCCCACUAUAUAUAACCCUGCAUAGAAUUCAAGACUGGACAAUGGGAACAUUACUCCAAGAGACAGAAUGUCAUCUUACAAAUCCUGAUCUCAACAAAUCUCUUAAUUUUCUUCUUGAAGAUGAUGUCUAUGGAAAACUUGUAUUUCUUUUUUGUUGAGAAUGGCCAGCAGUCUCACCUUGCUGAUUGAUACUUCCAAACCAUAUUCAGAGGGGGUUUCAGGUAUCUACUUCUACAUCUCCCCUCUUGUCCAAAAAUCAGACAAGAAAGACUUUGGGCUUGACUCAGUGAUGAGGAGAAUUCUGUUUGCGGUCACCUAGUUUUACAGACCUUUUCCUGCUCCAGUGAGGACUUCUUCCCAUUUAUAAUCCCAAGCUGUUGUUUCAAUGCAAUACUUUGUUUUUGUUUUAUCCAGAACUGCCUCCCCCUGCAUAAAAAGGGCAGAUAAUGUACAGAAAGACUCUUAUUUUUUUCAAUGAUUUGAAAAAAAAAUUACUAUAAAUCCAUAUGAAAUAUUGUUCACUUGUCUGCCUGUUUAUUCUUGGUUUUUCACAAGUAAAAAUAUGUACUUUGUAAAGAUUCGUGAUACGGCUGUCAUAGUUCUACUGCUGCUGUGUCUUUUGAAUGAAGCAAUUCUGCUAAAGGGACUAUCAAUUAAAAAUAAGAAUAAGUUGGCUGCUUAACGCUGUGCUAUUUUACAUUAUAUGUGAAUGAGAAACAGCAGCACUGCUUGGAGCAAAAUAAUACUUAAAUUGAGAAGACUGGAGAAAUCAAAGAAAUGCCUUGUUUCCUUCAAAGCCAAUAAUUUCCUCUGGCAGUAGCUGCUGUAGUUUUCUUCUGAGGUAGCAGGUAAGGCUGUAAGCUGAAUUUGGAAAAAACAUUUUUUUGCUCCUUUGACCAGUUUUUAUUUAAUGAUUGGCAAUGAUAAUCAUGGGCAAAAUAGCGGUGUUUGACAUCAGUUCUAAAAGUCUCAGGAAAAAGUGCUAGCCGUUGAGGCAAAUGUUGGGUUCUCUUUUGUUUACAAAAUAUGUGUUGCAACCCUAUUAAACCAGGCGUUUGAGGGAGAGGGUAGUCAGUUGUCAAUUGUGCCAUGUUAUAGUCAUAUUAGGGCUACUAGAGAGUCCCCUGUUUAUGUAACCUUCCAUGCUCUUAAGGUGACAUUCCUGGCUGUUCAUCAACUUCAUAGCACAAGCUUGAGAAACUACUUGAAAACGCUUCUCGUGCUGCAUUUCACACUAUGCAAAAUUGCACAACCUGAUACACAAAUGUCUAGGCUUAUGAACAUGAUUAUUCUCCAUUUGCAUCCCCAUUAGGAUGAUGCAAUGAGGAGAUAUUUGUUAUGCUCAUUUUUAGACUGUAUACUAUAGCUUAUCUCAUUGCAACUGAUGGGUUCUACUGAGGCCAGCUGUUUAGGUUUUCACUUUAAAGGCAAUUGAUACAAAAAUAUUUUUUUUUAAACCAAAUUUAUGGUCUGGAAUUCUGCAAAAAGUAUGGCUUUACAGACUAGCUCACAUUGCCUACAAGCUAGAUUUCCAGGCCAUGGCUUUCUAAAACAUUUCUUGAAAGCCAGAAACAAUGAGGCUUGCUGUUGGGUACUCAUUCCUCAAAACAAUUUCUCAAUUGAAUUCUCAAUGUUCAAAGUGAGAAUUUCAAAAAUGCAUUAUGUGCAUGGAAAGGAGAAGCCCUUUGGGAGACGACCUCUUGCUAGGCAGUUAGGGAAAAGUUGAUGUUAGGCUGGGUUUGUUCUACUACAUCUGAAAGCCAGAAUAGAUACACUGGGAGCAAGCAGAAAUGCUAUUUAUAUGGUGUGUUACACACACUUUAAUAUGAGUAUUGGUUAAUAGGCAGACUUCUGACAUUUUACUGUAAUUAAAAGGCAAUUGCAGUGUUUUGGUUAUUAUCUGAGGAAGGUUAGAUGCUACUCAGCACUCUUCCUAGGUUGAAUGCAACUGAUGGGUAAAUCAUCAAUCGAGAACUUGAGGAUUACAGUCAAUUCUAUUUACCACUGACCGACCUGCUUUUCUCCCCAUUGUACAAGUGCCAUUUGAAAUAAGAGGAGGGCCUUGUUUAUUCCAGCUACAGUAGUUGAACCUUUUGCACUUUAACAUGAAAGUUGCUGUGCCUGAACUCUUGAGACAAUUAAUUAUACUGCUAUUGUGUGGCUUAUGUAUCACAUGUACUUGUCACAGAUUUCCCUCAAGGAACCCUGGGAGCUGUAGCCGAAGGCGCUACAAAUGAGAGCAGUCCAACCCUUACUCCUGCCUCAGAAGAGAAUAGCUCUGGAGCCAAUUUAAAAUUGUGGUGGAUGAAUGCUGAACACUCAUCAUAGGGAGUCUGUUCAUCCCAGGCUCUGGCUAUGGAACCGUGUUGGGUUUAAUGUUGUAUAGGGGAUGGGUGUUAUGAACACCAGCCAACACCAUCUUGAGUUCUGUCCACUUCAAAUCACUCCAUCCCAGUGUCCUCGCAGCUGUGCUCUAAAUAACAUCCACUCAGCCACAUUUUAUAAAUAGCAAAUGCUUGUUGUUUCGAACGGCUUACAAGUUUGGGGGGAAAUAAGUGCUCUCUACAAAAGAGUAACAAAGCUGUUGCUGCAGCCCAUCAAACAACAACCGCAGGGACAGAAAUAGAUCUCCCUACCUUCAAACCACCUAAGCCACAAAAGAGGAAGAACAUUUCCCCUUCGGCUCUGGACAAUCCAGGGGUACAACAGACACUCAACACAACUCCCAAUGCUAGUGGGCAGUAUUUACAGGCUGCUUUCUGGUAGCUGUACGUGCUUGUGGAGGGAAGGGGCUGCCACCCGCUCUCCACCAAAAUGGAAGAGGGGAGUGGAAGAGCAGGGGUUGUGCAUUAGAGAAAGCAGGAAAUAGGAUGGCUAUAGCCCUGUGCCACUUCCACAAGAUGGAAGUCCAAAGUGCUGAGGAUAGGAGUCACCAUGAAAUAGCAGAACCCGUAGAGACUCAGCACUUCAUCUUCCUUCCUCAUCCCACAAAACAAGCAGAAUGUGGAAGAUCAAGGUUGCAUGCAAUUAGCAAGGAAUUCUGGAAAGAGUGAGGAGGAUACAGACUUAAGCAUCUCAUAUUGUGGUUUUAAAAAUGUCUUCCCACUAGUCCUCUAACAGAAGUGACUGUAUGCAGGAGAUGACCUAGUCCUACAAGCAGGACAAGAGGAACAAGGCUGAGCGUUGGGUUGUUGUUCCAAGGAAAUGAGGGUUUCAAGGAUUUCACUCUAUUGGGGAUGAACUAGUUUUGGAGCAGAAGGCCAGCAAGGUUAGGAAAGGGCCUCCUUAAACCCUUCUACACUGGCUAUUUUCUGUGCAAAAUAAUUUUCUCUGCUGAAGAUUCCCCCCUUAGAUCUAAAAAUCCAUCUAGAAAAGGCAGCCAGCUGGCUGGGGUGAGUUGGGCAGAGGAUAUUUUUGAGCUAGGAUGGAAAAGGCUAAACCCCUCUCCUGUUGCUUCUCUACCAAAUGUUCCUGCUUUUCUUCUGAAAGCCUUGAGGCUUUAUUACAUGCACUAGUGCACAGCACAUAAUUUGCAUCUCAGCUUCUUUAGAAUAGGUAACUUGCUUCAAAGUCAUGGAAGUUACAUUGAACAAUAUGAAGACUAAGAAAAACCUUGGGCAAGUCUGAAGUUUGGAGUGGUUUUUUUCUUUUGUAUCUGGCCCUAUCCAUCUAUCCAUAAUGGCAAGGGCAACAGAAGAUGGAAGCUGUGUAGCCCUCUCAAUGAUCUUCACGAACAUUUAUAAUAUCCUAUGUCUUUUGGCCUUGUGAUACUUUGAUUAUAUCCAAAUCGGCAGCACAUCACCUGCCAAUAACUUCUUGGAUCAUCCUGCCAUAGCUGAACGUUCUUUCAUCAUUUCAAUUUUAAAUGAAACUAAGUUCCCUGAAUACAGAACAUUAAAUGUCAGGGAGCAUUUUAGUUCUACCUUCUUCCUAAUAUAUUACUUUUUAUAGGCAGGCUGAAAUAAUGCAGUUCAGCCUCAUCUGCUGCUUCUUGUACAUGAUUCACUGAAGCACUUGCACAAAAUGGUUGCCAGUGCCAUGAAGAUCAUGCCCUGUAAUUGAAUCAGCACUGGUGUUCACCCAUAUCAAUUCCUAGAGUACAGCACUCUUACUUAGCACUCUUGGUAUCUACACCAAUCUCAGUUUCCGGACUGAUCUUGUGACACAAGCACACAGGUCUAAUCUUAGGGCAAGGCAAAAAGUGAUGCUCUGCUUCUCCCAUUUGGAAGAAAUAAACUCACCGUACGGACUCAGCAUGCCUAGCUCGCUCUCGCUUGUAAUCUUCAGCUCUGUUCUCCUGCUCAGUUCAGGAGGAGCUACAACCAGCUUCUCCCUUGGAAGA